AGAGGACAAAAACAUCUAAAGGUCUGAGGUUGGAGGAAAAAUAGAGAUAACGGUGUCCCUCUUUAUUCUUACAGCUCCUGCAGUGGAAUUAACUGGUUUCUACACCAGUUCUUCAUCCCUGCAUCCGCAGUGGAGAACGUCUUCGGUAAGACCAGAAGUGGAACACAGAAAGGAUAGAAGAGCGAGCGGAGGACGAGAAGAGUUCAGAUCACACAAAAGGUGUCCACAGGUGACUGCCGAUGUCCAGCCAUAAGGACACAAACGGAAACCAUGGUCAUUUUACAGCAGAUGUCCUACCGGUCCACUUCGGCAAACUCCUGGGCGAUUAUGUCUGGUUGGACUUGAAGACCGGUCGGGAGUUUGAGGUGCCAAUCGGUGCGGUGGUCAAACUCUGUGACUCGGGACAGAUCCAGGUAUUGGAUGACGAAGGAAACGAGCACUGGAUCUCCCCCCAGAAUGCCACCAACAUCAAGCCAAUGCAUCCCACCUCCAUCCACGGGGUGGAGGACAUGAUCCGUCUGGGAGACCUCAACGAAGCUGGUAUCCUCCGCAACCUGCUCAUCAGAUACAGAGAAAAGCUCAUAUAUACGUACACCGGCUCCAUCCUGGUGGCCGUCAACCCGUACCAGCUGCUGCCCAUCUACACGGCCGACCAGAUUCGCCUCUACACCAACAAGAAGAUCGGCGAAUUGCCGCCCCACAUCUUCGCCAUCGCUGACAACUGUUACUUCAACAUGCAGAGGAACAACCGCGACCAGUGCUGCAUCAUCAGUGGUGAGUCCGGAGCGGGGAAAACGGAAAGCACCAAACUGAUCCUGCAGUUCCUGGCAGCCAUCAGUGGUCAACACUCCUGGAUAGAACAGCAGGUCCUGGAGGCCAACCCCAUACUAGAAGCCUUUGGCAACGCUAAAACCAUCCGCAAUGAUAACUCGUCUCGUUUUGGGAAAUACAUCGACAUCCAUUUCAACAAGAGAGGGGCCAUAGAGGGAGCCAAGAUCGAGCAAUACCUGCUGGAGAAAUCCAGAGUGUGUCGACAGGCCCACGAUGAGAGGAACUACCACGUCUUCUACUGCAUGCUGAAGGGCAUGACUGCAGAGGAGAAGAAGAAACUGGGACUCAGCAAGGCCACCGACUUCACCUACCUGACCAUGGGUAAGUGCACAGUGUGUGAUGGCCGAGACGACAUGAAAGAGUACUCCAACAUCCGCUCUGCAAUGAAGGUGCUGAUGUUCACAGAGAAAGAGAACUGGGAGAUUUCUAAACUGCUGGCAUCUAUAUUACACAUGGGGAACAUCAGAUACGAAGCUCGCACCUACGACAACCUGGAUGCCUGCGAGGUGGUCCGCAGCCCUCACCUUACCACUGCUGCUAGGCUGCUGGAGGUGGAUAGUAAGGCCCUGAUGAACUGUCUGACCAGCCGAACUCUGAUCACCAGAGGAGAGACCGUCUCCACCCCACUCAGCAUGGAACAAGCUCUAGAUGUACGGGACGCUUUCGUUAAGGGUAUUUACGGCCGCUUGUUUGUGUGGAUCGUGGAGAAGAUCAACGCGGCCAUUUACAAGCCGACGUCCUCACAGCCCAAAGCUCUCAGACGCUCCAUCGGACUGCUGGACAUCUUUGGCUUUGAGAACUUCACUGUCAACAGCUUUGAGCAGCUGUGCAUCAACUUCGCCAACGAGAACCUGCAGCAGUUCUUCGUCCGGCACGUCUUCAAGCUGGAGCAGGAGGAGUACAACCUGGAGCACAUCAACUGGCAGCACAUCGAGUUCACCGACAACCAGGACGCCCUGGACAUGAUCGCCAUCAAACCCAUGAACAUCAUCUCGCUCAUCGACGAGGAGAGCCGGUUCCCCAAGGGCACGGACACCACCAUGCUGAACAAGCUCAACUUUCAGCACAAGCUCAACACAUACUACAUCCCUCCAAAGAACAACCACGAGACCCAGUUUGGCAUUCAGCACUUUGCUGGAGUGGUUUACUACGAAACGAGAGGUUUCCUGGAGAAGAACAGAGACACAUUAUACGGUGACAUCAUCCAGCUGGUUCACUCCUCUAAGAACAAGUUCAUCAAACAGAUCUUCCAGGCUGAUGUCGCUAUGGGGGCAGAGACCAGGAAGCGUUCGCCCACUCUGAGCAGUCAGUUUAAGAGAUCUCUGGAGCUGCUGAUGAGAACUCUGAGCGUCUGUCAGCCGUUCUUCGUCCGCUGCAUCAAACCCAACGAGUUCAAGAAGCCCAUGUUGUUUGACAGGGAGCUGUGUGUGCGUCAGCUGAGGUACUCGGGCAUGAUGGAGACCAUUCGCAUCCGCCGGGCCGGAUACCCCAUCCGCUACACCUUCGUGGAGUUUGUUGACCGCUACCGGGUGCUCAUGCCUGGAGUCAAACCGGCCUACAAACAGGAGGACCUGAGGGGAACCUGCCAGAGGAUCGCCGAGCUAGUGCUCGGCAGGGACGAUGACUGGAAGAUGGGAAAGACUAAGAUCUUCCUCAAGGAUCACCAUGACAUGCUGCUGGAGAUCGAGAGAGACAAGGCCAUCACAGACAAGGUCAUCCUCAUCCAGAAGGUGGUUCGAGGUUUUAAAGACAGGUCUAACUUCCUGAAGAUGAAAAAGUCGGCUGUGUUGAUCCAGAAGCUGUGGAGAGGGUACCAGUGUCGGAAGAACUAUGGAGCUAUGCGAGCGGGCUUCUCUCGCCUCCAGGCUCUGGUUCGUUCCAGGAAGCUGUGUGCAUCGUACAACGUCGCCCGCCAGCGAAUCACGGGCUUCCAGGGCCGCUGUCGAGGCUUCUUGGUGCGCCGGGCGUUCAGACACCGACUGUGGGCCAUCAUCACCAUCCAGGCCUCCACCAGAGGCAUGAUCGCUCGCCGGCUGUACAAGAGGCUGAAGGGGGAGUACCGUAGGAGACUGGAGGCGGAGAAGAUGCGUCUUGCUGAGGAGACCAAGCUGAGGAAUCAGAUGUCCGCAAAGCGAGCGAAGGCCGAGGCUGAGCGUAAACACCAGGAACGUCUGGCCCAGCUGGCCAAAGAGGAUGCCGAGCAGGAGAAAAAGGAGAAGGAGGAGGCCCGGAGGAAGAAGGAGAUGGUGGAGCAGAUGGAGAAGGCCCGGUUGGAGCCCGUCAACGACUCCGACUUGGUGGACAAAAUGUUCGGCUUCCUGGGGACGACGACCUCGUUCCCGGGCCAGGAGGGACAGGCCCCUGCCGGCUUUGAGGACCUGGAGCGGACCCAUCGAGAGCUGGAGGAGGAGGAUCUGGACGAGGCUCUUCCUCUUCCUGAGGACGACGGAGAGGAGGAUCUAUCGGAGUACAAGUUUGCCAAGUACGCCGCCACCUACUUCCAGGGCACCACCACGCACACCUAUGUCCGGCGGCCUCUGAAACAGCCUCUGCUGUUCCACGACGACGAGGGAGACCAGCUGGCUGCUCUGGCGGUGUGGAUCACAGUGCUGAGGUUCAUGGGAGAUCUGCCAGAGCCCAAGUACCACACGGCCAUCAGCGACGGCAGCGAGAAGAUCCCCGUGAUGACCAAAAUCUACGAGUCGCUGGGGAAGAAGACGUACAAGAGAGAGCUGCAGGUGCUGCAGGGGGAGGGGGAGACGCCUCACGCUGAAGGCCACAAGAAGAACAGCGUCCGUCACAAACUGGUAUCCCUCACCCUGAAGAAGAAAUCCAAGAUCACUGAGGAGGUCACCAAACGCCUUAACGAUGGUGAGCACGGUCUCCACGGCAACAGCAUGCUGGAGGACCGGCCAACGUCCAACCUGGAGAAACUUCACUUCAUCAUCGGCAAUGGGAUCCUUAGACCAGGGCUGAGGGACGAGAUCUACUGUCAGAUCUGCAAGCAGCUGAGUCAGAACCCGUCCAAGAGUUCUCACGCUCGCGGCUGGAUCCUCAUCUCUCUGUGUGUCGGCUGCUUCGCUCCCUCAGACAAGUUUGUCAAGUACUUGAGGAACUUCAUCAACAGCGGGCCGCCGGGUUACGCUCCGUACUGCGAGGAGAGACUGAGACGGACGUUUGUCAACGGGACGAGGACACAGCCUCCCUCCUGGCUGGAGCUGCAGGCCACCAAGUCGAAGAAACCCAUCAUGCUGCCGGUGACGUUCAUGGACGGCACCACCAAAACACUGCUGACGGACUCCGCCACCACGGCCAAGGAGCUCUGCAACGCCCUGUCCGACAAAAUCAACCUGCAGGACCGCUUCGGGUUCUCGCUCUACAUCGCACUGUUUGACAAGGUCUCGUCUUUGGGCAGUGGGAACGACCACGUGAUGGACGCCGUGUCGCAGUGCGAGCAGUACGCCAAGGAGCAGGGAGCCCAGGAGAGGAACGCCCCCUGGAGGCUGUUCUUCAGGAAGGAGAUCUUCACGCCCUGGCACUCCCCCACCGAGGACCAGGUCGCCACCAACCUUAUCUACCAGCAGACCAUCAGGGGCGUCAAGUUCGGGGAGUACCGCUGCGACAGGGACGACCUGGCAGAACUGGCUUCUCAGCAGUAUUACGUGGACUACGGUUCGGAGAUCCUUCUGGAGCGCCUGCUGAGCCUCAUCCCCUCCUACGUCCCCGAUAGAGACAUCAGCAGCUCCAGGACGGUGGAGAAAUGGGCUCAUUUCAUCAUGGCUGCGCACAAAAAGGGCAUCUACACCCAGAAGAGGUUUGACCCUCAGAAGGUGAAGGAGGAAGUGGUGGACUUCGCUCGACACAAGUGGCCUCUGCUUUUCUCUCGUUUCUACGAAGCCAUCAAGUUCUCAGGUCCCAGUCUGCCUAAAAACGACCUGAUCGUCGCCGUCAACUGGACCGGGGUUUAUUUUGUAGACGAGCAGGAGCAGGUCCUCCUGGAGCUCUCCUUCCCAGAAAUCACUGCAGUUUCCAGCAGCAGUGGAGGAAAGUUACAGAGUCAGAGUUUCACUUUGGCGACCAUCAAAGGAGACGAGUACACCUUCACCUCCAACAACGCGGAGGACAUCCGCGACCUGGUGGUGACCUUCCUGGAAGGCCUGAGGAAGAGAUCGAAGUUUGUGGUUGCGUUGCAGGACAACCCCAACCCCACUGGGGAGGAUUCCACAUUCCUGAGCUUCAUAAAGGGAGACCUGAUCCUGUUGGACCAGGACACCGGCGAGCAGGUGCUCAACUCUGGUUGGGCACACGGCGUCAACGAACGAACCAAUCAGAGAGGAGAUUUCCCAGCCGACUGCGUCUACGUCCUGCCCUCCGUGACCCGACCGCAGCAAGAAAUAAUGGUACUGAUUACCAUGACACCGGACCAGCGACAGGAGUCGGUUCGUGUUUCGCAGAUCGUCCUACCGGAGAGCGACGACAGGAUGAAACCAUACACACUGGAGGAGUUCUCCUACGACUACUUCAGGCCACCUCCCAAACACACCCUGAGCAGGGUGAUGGUCACUAAGAACCGUGGGAGGGACAAGAUGUGGAGCUGCACCAGAGAGCCGCUGAAGCAGCCGCUGCUGAAGAAGGUCGUCAACCACGAGGAGCUGGCUCAGGACGCCUGCAUGUCCUUCAUAGCUAUGAUGAAGUACACGGGCGACUACCCGUCCAAGCGGACGCGCUCCGUAAACGAGCUGACGGACCAGAUCUUUGAAGGAGCGCUGAAGGCGGAACCUCUGAAAGACGAGAUCUACUGUCAGAUCAUCAAGCAGCUCACUGACAACCACGUCAAGUACAGUGAGGAGAAAGGCUGGGAGCUGCUGUGGUUGUGUACUGGUCUGUUUCCUCCCAGCAACUCGCUGCUGCCGCACAUCCAGCGCUUCCUCCAGUCCAAGAAGCACCACCCGCUCUCGGCAGACUGCAUGCAGAGGCUGCACAAGGCUCUACGUAACGGAUCCAGGAAGUACCCCCCUCAUCUGGUGGAAGUGGAGGCGAUCCAACACAAGACAACCCAGAUCUUCCACAAAGUUUACUUCCCCGACGAUACAGACGAGGCGUUCGAGGUGGAGUCCAGCACCAAAGCCAAGGAUUUCUGCCAGAACAUCGCCACCAGACUGCUGCUCAAAUCCCCGGAAGGCUUCAGCCUCUUCGUUAAGAUCUCAGACAAGGUGAUCAGUGUGCCAGAGGGGGAUUUCUUCUUUGACUUUGUCAGACAUUUGACGGAUUGGAUCAAGAAAUCCCGACCCACUAAGGAUGGAAUCGUUCCCUCUCUGACCUAUCAGGUGUUCUUCAUGAAGAAGUUGUGGACCAACACGGUUCCAGGGAAGGACUCCUUCGCCGACUCCAUCUUCCAUUACUAUCAGGAGCUCCCGAAGUACUUGCGUGGCUACCAUAAGUGUUCACGGGAAGAGGUUUUCCAACUCGCAGCGCUCAUCUACCGCGUCAAGUUUGAGGAUGACAAAUCCCACUUUCCUACAAUUCCCAAGAUGCUUCGGGAGCUGGUUCCCCAGGAUCUCAUUCGUCAGAUGUCACCAGAUGACUGGAAAAGGUCGCUGGUCGCAUACUUCAACAAGCAGGCCGGUAAAUCAAGAGAAGAAGCCAAACUGAUGUUCCUGAAGAUCAUCUACAAAUGGCCGACCUUUGGCUCCGCCUUCUUCGAGGUCAAGCAAACCACAGAGCCCAACUUCCCAGAAAUCCUGCUGAUCGCCAUCAACAAGCAUGGAAUCAGCCUCAUCGACCCCAAGACCAAGGACGUCCUCACCACACACCCUUUCACCAAGAUCUCCAACUGGAGCAGUGGGAACACCUACUUCCACAUCACCAUCGGCAACCUGGUCCGAGGAAGCAAACUGCUGUGUGAGACUUCGCUGGGCUACAAGAUGGACGACCUGCUGACCUCUUACAUCAGCCAGAUGCUGACCACCAUGAACAAGCAGCGCUCCGGGCCGCGCCACAGCAAGUGAACUUCUUACUGGCGGGAGGCCGCUGAGCUCGUUCGGCUCUUGCGUCCCAUUGGCCAGCACUGCAGCUGGGGGCGGACCUUCGCCAGCCGGCUGUGGACGAUGAGCCGCAGUCCUUCUGGCAGCUCGGACGGGUCGCGCCUCACCGGGGAGAGUUCGGCCGCCAGCGGCGACGACCCCGGCGAAGGCCCCAGCGGCUUCCGCCACUACAACCACGAUGAAGACGAGGAUGAGCCGUCCAGUGAGGAUGACUACCUCUAAAACCUCCAACCCCUCCGUCCCAAAGGUCUUCCAACAGUUCAGGAUUCAAAUGGCAGACCUGCUCGUUCAGAACGACAGAGUUCAUGUUCUUGGACAUAAAACAUCUGUGAACUAGAACGGGCACUCGGUAGAGCGCAUACCUUCGCAUAUCACAAGAUUGGGCAUUGAAUUAUGAACAUUUUGGCAUUAGUUGCAUGCCAAUUGGACAAAAAUUUAUCGUACUAUCGUAAAAAAAAGAUGUUGACCUUUCCAUGACCUUGACCUUUGACCCGAUUGAUCCCAAAAUCUAAUCAAAUGUUCCCCGGACAAUAACCAAACCUCCCACCAAAUUUCAUGCGAUUCGGUUUAAUACUUUUUGAGUUUUGCGAAUAACACACAUACAAAUAAAUAAAUAAAUACACGGCGAUCAAAACAUUACCUUCCGCAUUUUCAAUGCGAAGGUAACUACGAGAGACCGCCGGACGACUGUCCAUGUUGUGCUUUUAUUACUUCAAUACAUCACUAGGAUGUAUUUGUAUUUACAGCUGAGAAGUACUGAUAACAAAUGUAAUAUUAUUGUCAAUGAAUACAAUACGACAUCGUCAUUUUAGGCCUUUUUGUUGCUAUGGUUUUUCCAUCUUUUGACCGGUGUGAUUAUGAAAAGGUUAAUAAAUGUGAAACUAUGGUAUUUUUAAAAAGUCUUCCAUUUGAUGAGGAGCAGAGACCCUGGAGAACCCUUCAUGUGGGAGGAGCUAAAUGCUGCAGGUGGCCUUGAGCGUCUAGAAAUACGGACAAGGUCAAAAGGUCGUUUACCUUCUUAGAUACUGACUGGAAACAAGGUCACAAACAGGUCGGGUGGGACGUCUUCCUUUUGGUUUCAAGUGUUAAGCUUUUGGUUAUUUCUUUGGGGUUUAUCUAUUAUUUCUGGCCUUGGAACCAAACAGGGUAACCGAAGGGGCAAGGUCGCCAUGGUAACCUGUGUUUUAGGCCUAGCUUCGUCCGUUUCAGAUAAAGAAGUGUCUUGAAAGCGUUUUUCACUGUGAACUUCUAUAUAAUUUGUCUGAUGAACUAUAUAUAUAUAUAUAUAUAUAUAUACUCUGGUAUUUUAACAGUGCCAACCAUUUCAUUUGAUGUGUUCACGUUGUUGCUUUUCUUUGAGGACUAAUGCAGCAAAGUGUUUUUGUUGUGUUGUCUGACUGUAACUUCCUGUGGUGUGCUCUCACCUUUGUAUAAAACAUUAAAUGCAUUAGUUUUGACAGAUAUUUAGGAAUGAAUCAUUCAUGCUGUUCAAAAUGUCUAACACAGAGUAGUAUAAUAAGCCAUUAUGAAUAUUUUAUGAAAAUAUCAACGCAUAGAAUGUCUUUAAAAAAGCUAAUAUUGUGACUAAAAAUGUACGAACAGUCUGAAGAGUUCAUUAAAUAUGUCAAUGUAUAGUAUGUCAUCAAAUGUACUGAAAGUCAUAGUCUAGGAUGUCGUGAAGUGACAUUAAAGUCCUCAUAUAGCAUAUAAAUAAGACAAAGUUGAAAAAAGGUAAAGUCAAAAAAGUAUGCUAUGAGUUUUUAUAAUUUGUUUGACAGUUUUUUGAAAUAAGUAAUAAUAGAUUCAUAGUUACUAGAAUAUACAAUAUGUUGAAAACGGUUAUAAAAGAUGCAUGAAGGUU